AUGUUCAUUCUCAGCACCCUCGAGGACAAUGUGAGGAUUGCACCGCAGGACCUGGGCAAGCCGCCGGCGGUGGCCAUCACGACGGCGCUUGAGAAGAGCUUCCUGGACAAGGCAGUGGCCGGCCUGGGGCUGGUCGUCACGCUGUACGACAUCCUUUCUAUCGGCGACGGUUACGUUUACCCUAGCGACGGCGGCGCACACUACAAGGUGUGCUUCCGUGUGGUGGUCUUCCGUCCUUUCCGUGACGAGCUGCUGGUGGGCAAAGUGCACAAGAUGACAAAGGAAGGCAUGUACGUGGACCUGGGGUUCUUCAAAGAUGUCAUCAUCCCGCCACACGGCAUGCCAGAGCCAUCAUUCUGGAAGGGAGACGACGAGGCAAGCAACGCAGCGGCGACAAACUCAAGGGGCAAAGCGUGGCUGUGGAAAGUGGAGGGACAAGACCUGUUCUUCGAGCGGGGGCUACCACUGCGGUUCAAGGUGCAGAUUGUGCGAUUUAACCCGGUACCCACGUUGGCAAGCCAACAGAAGCAGCAGCAGGAGGGGGAGCCAGUGGUGGGAACCAGCGACCGCCCUUUUGUGCCGAUGGAGGUGGUGGGCCGGGCAGAUGGCGAUGGGCUCGGCAUGGUGCACUGGUAUGCUGCUGCUGAUGAUGACAUGGCAGAAUAA